AAACCUUUCCGGUCCUCAAACCUCCCGCCCGCCCCCGCCCUCCGGCGCCGCGCCGCCACACGACCUACUCCUACCUCCAGGCCAGGCAGUCUCCAGAGAUGGUGAGGGACGAGCCCCUAGACUUCGAGAACGAGGACGAUCCCCUCAUCCCCACACGGCGCCCCGCCAAGAGGAGCAAGGUUAUCGGCUUGGAUGAUCUCCUACAUGAUUACUUGCAAUCUAGUAAAAAGGACAAGCUCAAAGUUAAGGCCGCCAAGUCUAAGCAUGGCCCCGAAGGAGGAUAUGAUUCAGCUGAGGAAGACGACAAGGCUACACAGCAAGAGAAUGUGGUUUGCAAAAUAUUGGAGGAAGUUAAGGAAAAGGGCAAAGUGAUGGAUGCUAGAGAUGAUGUACCCCCAUGGGGUCAACAAAUUUUUGGAUGCCAGAAGCCCCCCUCAAAUCUUACCAAUGUCGGAGUUGAAAAUUGUCAGCUAUUUCAAUCAUUCUCUGCGAUUGAAGAUCUAGGUUUUGAUCUAGAGAUGCAUCAAGGAGAGGGUUUUCUCGAAGGCAUGCUAUUGGAUGGAUGGCUUCUGAAUUUGGUUCGCAUAUGUGGUUUUGUUGAAGACUCUAUAGCAUCGUGGACGCUGACCAACUUGUUGCAUUCAUCCAAUGAGAAGUUACAAGUUUCUGCAGCCGACUUUUGGGAUGGCAUUCUUUCCUUGGAUGAGGCUGGUAAACUGCUGGUCAACCUUGGGUAUUUUCCAAGUUACUCUGUUCUAAAACGUGCUAUGCUGAGCUAUGGGUAUCUGUUUGAUACUCCAGGCACUGAAGCUUCAACCUCUGGAAGUCCUGCUGCAGGUAGAACUGAUGAUGGUCCACCUCAUAACAUCAUUGCUUGGUUAAGAGUUGUAUCUGCUUGUUGCAAAAUCAGAAAAGUGUGUUCCAUCUUCUCGCCCUCUGAGGCUGAAGAACUCCUUGUUAUUGUCAUUUUCCUCUUUUUGGACCGUCGUCUUGAAGGGUUGCUGCUUGUUUUGGGAGACUGCCUGAAUUCACUUAUAUUAUAUUUCGAUACGAGUGAGUGGGAAACUAGUUGUGUGAUGGUGGCUGAAUCAGUCGCCCGGAGGGUCACAGUGGAUCUCAAUUGUUUAAGGAUUGUCGACUGCAUUACUGGUAUGAAUAAGCGCAGCAAAUUCCUAAGGAGUCAGGUGGCACUUCAGUUGCUGAAGAUCAGCUUUGGCCUUAAGGUGGCAAACGUUGAGAAGAUGUUGAAGCUAGUCACAUCCAUCAACGUGAAGGAGAAAGAAUGUGACUUUUUCAGGCUCUAUGUGUAUCUAGUAUUGAUGGACAACCUGCUCUUCUCAAGCGAUGCAUUCAGAGAGAAGACUGCGAUCGUUGAUGCUUGGCGGAAUUAUCUGCGCAACUGUUCCACACAAAUUGGGUGCACGGACUGGAGAUUCUAUGCUCCAAAGGCCCGAAACAAGGCUUCGUAUCUUCUGCAAGGUCCAAUCCUGAAAAAAACCAGUGGCGAUGCUAAAGGUUGUGCCCGGUAAUCCAAACGAUGAAUGUCUGCAGCAGAAGUAGCAGGACCUAGUUCUGGUGCCAUUCGAUGGGCAACGGCGAAGUGCUCAUAGCUUUUGUUUACGGUACUAUUCCAGGUUUUUGUAUAGUAUAUAUAUGGCCCUUGGCCCCCUUGCCUUGUUAUGGAAGAUGCUUGCCUUGUUUUAUUAAAUGAACUUGUUCUUCAGCGAGCGGAGCACUCCUUGCUAUUCAGCUAAGCUAGUACUGCUUCCGCAACUUGUGUGUGUUCAGCUUCCAGUGGUUGCGUAGGUGUUUAUGUCUGGCAGUUAUUAGUACAUGAUGUUAGCCUGUUCGCCAUCCACCAUUUAACAAUGUUUUUCUCUUACAACAAA